GGGCGUAAGAGGAGGUAGGGCCAGUCCACUGAGAAAGAGAGACCCUCCGAGAUAAACACAGCCAGGCGAAAGAAAUAAACACUCCAAUCCGAGAUGCUUCAAGAAGUCGUCCUUCGUUUAAAGAAGACACAGUAAGAACAAAAUAAGCCGUGCUUUUUUCUUUAUUUUUUUCCUUUUUUCGUUUGAUUUGAGAAGCAGAUUUAGUGUACACCAGCACAUCGACUCAUUUUGAACGGAAAGACGCAAAGGAAUCUGUUCCCUUCCUUUCCUUGGGAUUUUGAGUUACAAGUUAUCCACAAGAAAAAACAAAACAAUCCAGACGAGCUGAAUAAGAAAGCUUGUGUUUUUCUUCUUCUUCUCCUGUGAGCGGAUCAGCGCCUAGAAGUUCACCUCAUGUCGUGUUUUCAAAAUUGGAAGUUAAUACUUCCGUAGCUGACUGCAUUUUUUGUUGUUGUUUAUUUGUUUGUUUAUUUCGCGGACUGGUUUUAAAGCUCAAUUCGCAUCGAUCGAGAAAGCGAUGCUACUGGACGCUGGUCACCAGUUCCCCGGCUUGGGAGUUGGAACGUUUGCGAGGCACCACGCGGCCAGCGACAUGCAGGACAGGGACUUGAGCUUAGCGCAGAACAGCUUCGUAGACUCGGCGGCGCACAUGGGCGCCUUCAAACUCAAUCACGAGCUAUCCCCGGGACAGAGCUCGGCGUUCACAUCCCAGGCGCCCGCCUACCCCGCCGCGGCGCUGGGCGCGCACGCCGCCCAUGUCACGUCGUACGCCAGCUCGCCUUUCAACUCCACGCGGGACUUUCUGUUCCGCAGCCGCGGCUUCGGCGACUCGUCGCCGGCCGGCGGCCAGCACGCGCUCUUCGGCCCCGCCGCCAGCUCGCUCCACCACUCCCACGCGGACGGCCAGGGCCACCUCCUGUUCCCGGGCAUCCACGAGCAGCACGGCUCGCACGGCUCCCCUAACGUGCUCAACGGGCAGAUGCGCCUGGGUCUGGCGGGCGAGGUGUUCGGCCGCUCCGACCAGUACCACCAGGUGUCCAGCCCCAGGACCGAUCCCUACUCGGCCGCGCAGCUGCACAACCAGUACGGCUCCAUGAACAUGAACAUGGGCAUGAACAUGGCAGCGCACCACCACCACCACCACCCCGGCGCCUUCUUCCGCUACAUGAGGCAGCAGUGCAUCAAGCAAGAACUCAUCUGCAAGUGGAUCGACCCGGAGCAGCUGAGCAGCCCCAAGAAGAGUUGCAAUAAAACUUUCAGCACCAUGCACGAGCUCGUCACGCACGUCUCCGUGGAGCACGUCGGCGGACCGGAGCAAAGCAACCACGUCUGCUUCUGGGAGGACUGUCCGCGGGAGAGCAAGCCCUUCAAAGCCAAAUACAAAUUGGUCAACCACAUUCGCGUGCACACGGGGGAGAAGCCAUUCCCCUGUCCUUUCCCGGGCUGCGGCAAAGUCUUCGCGCGAUCAGAGAAUCUGAAGAUCCACAAGAGGACGCAUACAGGGGAGAAGCCGUUUCAGUGUGAGUUUGAAGGCUGCGACAGACGCUUCGCGAACAGCAGUGACCGAAAGAAGCACAUGCACGUUCACACUUCAGACAAACCGUAUCUGUGCAAAAUGUGUGACAAGUCUUACACGCACCCCAGCUCUCUCCGAAAGCACAUGAAGGUUCAUGAAUCGUCGCCGCCAGCAUCGGACUCGUCGCCGGCAGCCAGCUCUGGCUAUGAGUCCUCCACGCCCCCCGGCCUGGUGUCCCCCUCCACCGAGACCCAAAGCAACACCAAUCUGUCGCCUUCGUCAGCGGUGCACACCUCAAACGGACACAGCGGCCUGUCGUCCAACUUCAGUGAGUGGUAUGUGUAGGACUGUGCCAAACCACAGAGACGCAUCAUCACACGACUCCACACAGAGCGGAGUCCACUAAAGACUUGUAGAAGCGAAUCCACGCUCGGACGAACUGCUAUCUGAAAGAAAGGCUAUUCCACCUUGAGCGAGUGAUCCUCAGCAGCAGAAGAGACGUGCACAAAGACGCACUGUUUAUUUUGUAAAUACUAUACGCCCUCUUUCCCAAUGGUUGUAAUAGAUUUUGUCAGUUUUUUGGUGUAUAGGUGUUGCUUCAAUGGUAGCUAUUUCUCUAACCGGACUUUUUAGUGCACAUAUUACGAUUUUAAAAAGAAGAAGUUGUCCUAUGGUAAUAAAUAUUGUGAUCCCCAUUAAGGCAAACUGAUUGUACCUAAACAUCUAUUAACUGGAAAGAGUGCCAAAGUCAACACUUAACGAAGACAAGACACAAUUUGCUUGUGAAUGUAUACUUUAGUUUGCUGGGCUUUUUAACUUGUGAUGGUUUUUGUUUUCUUUUUUUUUUCCUUUUUUUUCGUGCUUUGCAAGUUCGAAUUGUGAAAUAUAUUUGGAAGAUUGUGAGGAAAAUAAACGUCGUGCCGUUCAAUUUUCUGUAACCACGCCCUUCCUUUUGUAAAUAUCGACUGCCAUAUUUAUCCAUUUGUAAUUAAAUUAUGGUAUUUACUUGCUACAGAUGAAACAAUAUUUAUAAAGAAUGUUUCUUUACUAUAAAUAUGUACAAUGAAGAGCUGGACAGGGGCAGGUGUUUUGUUAUGUGUUUUUGUUCAAAGUUUAAGAGGUGUUUUCUCCAUUAUUGUGAUAAAAAAAAAUUACUGCAUACAAAUAUAAUAAAAUGUGGUGCAAGUGUUAAAGUGUG